GAAGGAAAAAUAAAACAAAAACAGAGAUAUUUUUCCAGCUGAAAAGAACAAAACAUCUCUCAUUGUUUGUUCAGUGAACUUGCACCAAACUCAUCAAACUUCACUUCUUCUUCUUCUUCUUCUUCUUCUUCUUCACUAACCACAUAGACAUACUCAGUUUUGUUUUGCAAGAAACACACAAACUUCUUACAAUAAUCAAAAUAAACUCUCAUCAUGUUCUCAAGAUUACAUCCUCUGUUUCAUCUUCUUAUUCUUCUCAUUCUUUUCAUUAGAACACAUAAAUGUUUCUCUUCUUCUUCUUCUUCUUCUUCUUCUUCUUAUUCUUCAUCUCAAACACUUGUUUUGCCUCUAAAGACCCGAAUAACCCCAACGGAUCAUCGACCCACCGACAAACUCCAUUUUCACCACAACGUCACUCUCACCGUUACUCUCACCGUCGGCACUCCUCCUCAAAACAUCUCCUUGGUCAUUGACACUGGCAGCGAACUCUCCUGGCUUCGCUGCAACCGUUCCUCUAACCCAAACCCGGUUAACAACUUCGACCCGACCCGUUCUUCCUCUUAUUCCCCAGUCCCCUGUUCCUCACCCACUUGCCGUACCCGUACCCGAGACUUCCUCAUACCAGCUUCUUGCGACUCAGACAAACUCUGCCACGCCACUCUCUCCUACGCCGACGCUUCCUCCUCCGAAGGCAACCUCGCCGCCGAGAUUUUUCACUUCGGAAACUCCACCAACGACUCCAACCUCAUUUUUGGGUGUAUGGGAUCCGUAUCCGGAUCCGACCCGGAAGAAGACUACAAGACAACCGGGUUAUUGGGUAUGAACCGUGGAUCUCUCUCUUUCAUAUCUCAGAUGGGUUUCCCCAAGUUCUCGUAUUGCAUCUCCGGCACCGACGACUUCCCCGGGUUCCUUCUCCUCGGCGACUCUAACUUCACGUGGUUAACGCCGUUAAAUUACACGCCGUUAAUUCGGAUCUCGACGCCGCUACCUUAUUUCGACCGUGUCGCUUACACCGUCCAGCUCACGGGGAUUAAAGUUAACGGCAAUCUUUUACCCAUCCCUAAAUCGGUUCUCGUACCGGAUCAUACCGGUGCUGGUCAAACCAUGGUUGAUUCCGGUACUCAGUUUACUUUCUUGCUUGGACCGGUUUACACCGCGCUUCGAUCGGAUUUCUUAAACCGGACAAACGGGAUAUUAACGGUUUACGAGGACCCGGAUUUCGUUUUCCAAGGAACCAUGGAUUUGUGUUACCGGAUUUCGCCAAUCCGAAUCAGGACCGGGAUUCUCCACCGGUUACCAACGGUUUCCUUGGUUUUUGAAGGAGCCGAGAUAGCGGUUUCGGGUCAGCCGCUAUUAUACCGAGUCCCGCAUCUCACAGUUGGGAACGAUUCGGUGUAUUGUUUCACAUUUGGAAACUCCGAUCUUAUGGGAAUGGAGGCAUACGUGAUUGGACAUCAUCAUCAGCAGAACAUGUGGAUCGAAUUUGAUCUACAGAGAUCAAGAAUCGGUUUAGCUCCGGUACAAUGUGAUGUAUCCGGUCAGAGACUUGGAAUCGGAUCGUAAUCCAUAGAUGAUAGAUAUAACCACCCCCGUGUGUAAUUAUAGUUUUUUUUUUUGCCUACGUAGUAAAUUGAGUAGAGUGAGACUUGUUCACGUGCGGGGAUAGGGUAAUAACUUCGAGUUGUUACUUGUUAAGUUGUUAUUAGUAGUAGUUAGCUGUCUGUUUGAUUUUGACAUGGUUCUUACUUCUUACUUACCUCUUUUGCGUAAUUAAUUUUGCUUUUUAGGGUUUUUUUUUAAUUCUCACAGUCUUUAAUAAUCAUCAAUUUUGUUGUGUGUUCCAAAAAAUUAAUCUUAAAAAUCGCGAAAUUGUUUUGA